AUGGGGAGUUACGGAAAGCGGAAAGUACUUAAUCGCUCGCGGGCAAUUUUUGAAUCUGGAACUGGACUUGGCAAUCGACUAUUCGGGGCGUUGUCCUCGAUGGGGAUUGCCUGGAAAAUGCAUAGGCAACCUAUAUUCUCGAUUCGUAACGAACACUGUAACGUGGAAUGUAAGAAGGCAAUGUGGGAGCUGACGACGCUAUUCCCGGGGAUAAUACCAGAUCGUGCGCUCGACAACUCGGACAAGUAUUUGAAAUCCGAGAACCCGGAGAUCCGCAUCUCCCAGUGUUGUCUGUAUGACGAUCCGUUGACCAAAACCAACCUGAUCCUCGAUAUGAAACCGGCCGUCUGGUUUUACGGAGAUUUCUUACAGAGCUAUAAAUACUUUUACGGCCUGCGAAAAAUGUACGAGCCAAUUUUGAAAGCAGUGGUGAUCACAGCUGGUUCCUCGACGUUCGGCUGGUGGGCGGGAUACUUUGCGCAGAUGCAUCGUUCACAUGUCGAAGUGUAUUAUAACAAAAAAUUUGCAAAGUCCCCGGACUAUCUGCGACAGCAAAAAGACAAGGAUUACUACCUGCCCAAC